GGAGAUGGAAAAGCAAAUACUCCAGGUCUUUUGAAAGCUGGAGUCCGAGGCCAGUGGGCGAAGGACGGGAACCUUAGAAGAACCAAGGAGGGCAGCGUGUGGAGAGGGCACUGGACUGGGCCUGCGAUGAGCACCAUGGAGCUGGGACUCCUCGUCUUAGUCACGCUGGCUGGAUUUGGCUCUGGUGAGGAGGAGGAAGGAAGCUUGGACACGUACUGGUCUGGCACGGCCCCCAUCUGCAUGGGGGGCUGCAAAGGGAAACACAAGGAGCUGAAGAGGAGCCAGUGUGGGAACGGCAGCUGCUGCUGGUUGGGAUACAAAUCCUUCUGUCGAGCUGUCUUUGGCCUGGAGGAUUUUGGGGGCAUCUGGGGAGCGAGAAGUAUGGGGCAUUUCCUGAGGGGCCCCUUGGCAAGGAAUUACAGCAGCUGUUGGCAUCACAAGGUGUUGACAAGUGAACUGCGGGCGGCCAGAGGCAGACUUCAAUUCCAUGGUCUACGGCAACGACUGGUGGGUGGGCUCUGUGGUGCGCUACGGCUGCCGGCCCGGCUUCCUGCUGGUGGGGGACCCGGCCAGUGCUUGCCAGUCCGAUGGCCACUGGACACCUAAACCCACCUGCCUCCCAGGGAUAUGCCUGCGGAGCCGGAUUGAGAUUAACGAGCGGGACAUCGACGGCAGCUGCUCCUCCACUUGCACGGACAAGGCUCACCUCGGGGCCUUCCUCAACCACGGCUGCAUCAAGAUCUCCAACUGCGUCACCAAGCAGUGGGGCUGGACCCGCUGGUUCGCGCGUUGUGACUUCUGCGAGUGCGACUGCUACAUCCCCUGCUCUUCCUCCGGGUAGAGAUCUGGGGCGGAUGGAUUCGUGGGGAGCUGUUCUGCUGUGAAGGGGAGCUCCGUCCCAGGAGGGACAGCAGCCAGCCUGACGCUCACUGCGCAAUAGGCUACCAUACUGUGCCUCUCUCCCAAUCGGGCCAUCCGUCUGUUCCUAUCACACUCUUGGCAAUGUGCUCGUGGAAGUGCAUGGUUGUGUCUGUCUCCUGGGCUGGAACCAUUUGCCAGCCUGUCUUGUUGGGGUGCAGCAUCUGCAGAGGAAAGGACUGCCUCCCCCAUACCUUAACCCUUUGCACCCUGCUUUGUUCCAAACAAGCACAUAGGGCGAUGGGUAUAUACAGUCAUCUCCCUGCUCUGCAGCGGGUUACACUGUGGGAGCAAGGGACCAGUGUUCCAAUAACAGGAAUGGGAGUCAAGGACUCCACAGCUGUUCUAGGUGGGGGAGAGGGUUGGUCCUGCCCUAAUGUGGGAUUAGGCACCAGUUUCCUCUUCUGACGCAGGGGGAUGGAAGGCAGUUGAAGGGAAUCCCUUUCCUUGCCUGCUUUGCUGUGGUGCCAUGCUACUCCCUGGCUACCCAGCAGCCUCUGCCAAAUGCUCUCCCUCACCUAGCAGGUGGGGAGGGUCUGUGGGACACAAAAGGAUCAGUGAAAUUCUCCCUCCUGGCCACGUGUGGGGUAGGCAUGGGGAAGGUGAGGAUUAAAUGCUGUGUAUAGCAAAUGCUGCUCCUGCCCACUGGCUCCAAGCCUGUGACCAUCGCUCCA